CCACUCUACAACGCCUCGUCGUUAACUCGCAAUGCCUACGCCAGGCGGGUCUUCCGGUCGCUCGCCCCUCAGCAGAGUCAUCCCCCGCAUCGGAGCGGUUCAAGCACGCCUCACCGGUAUGCUGCCGGGGGCAGCACGGCCCCAGUCCCCGUCGAGCUCCCACAGGAGUACUGUAGCCUUGUCGUCUUCUUCCUCGAGUCUCACUGUUAUGCCUCCGAGUACUCCGACCCUAUCAGAGACGAUGUCUUCUCGCCGACUGUUCUCGUCUAGUAUCGCCGCCGGUGCUGCCCCGAGAACCAGAUAUACUCCCUCUGCGCAGGGGGUGUAUUGCCCAGAGGAGCCACACAUGCUCCACCCCAAAGACGGCCCCUGGGGAUUUUUCCCAAUGAGAGUCGGUCAGCUGCUCAUGGACAAGUAUGAGAUUGUGCGUAAACUCGGAUAUGGCGCCCACGCAAGUAUAUGGCUCGCCAAGAUACAGAAGGAUCAUGGAUAUGACUACGUCGUCCUCAAAGUUAUGUCCAUCAACGCCACUUUACUCGAGUUCAUCCAUGAAACCCAUGAGACGGAAGUCGGGCAGAGCUUCGUGGCAUUACGCGAGGCCGAUAAAGAGCAUCCUGGCUACGCCCACUGCGCUGCAACCUCGUUUAUUGGCUCUGUGCACAGCAAAUGGGGAAUCCACUACGUUUGCCUGCUCCAACCAUACGGCACUUCUUUGGGAGCUCUCUGCGCCGCACUUCCACGCCGCCGUCUUCCGCUACCCGUGGUCAAGCGGGUGGUCAAACAAAUGCUCCUGGCACUCCAUUUUCUUCACAACCAGCUCCACGUUGUGCAUGCAGACUUCAGGCUAGACAACAUCCUCCUGAAGCUGCACGCCAGCAAGGAAGACAUCGACCGCUUUCUCAGGAAGUACCCUGCGCAGACGUAUCCGCCUAUACCGGAGGCGGACCCAUCGUCUGAUACCGUAUUGACUGUUCGGUCACAGCCUCUUCCGAACCUCGGUCUUGACCCUUCUCUCUCGAACCUCGAAGUCUGUGUCAGCGACUACGGCAACACCGUGCGCGCGGACAACAUCAACGCCGAUACCCCAGUCUUCACAGCGGACCAGGUGGUCGCCCCAGAGCAGCUGCUCGGCCACCCAUGGUCGUACCCCGUCGACAUCUGGGCCCUCGGUGUCAACACGUUCCUGAUGCUCACGGGGUCGGUUCCGUUUGAGCACCAGAACCUAGCGCUCAGCCCCGACGCUGCGCAGCUCGCGUGUAUGAACUCGCGUCUUGGCCCCUUCCCUGCGCAUUUUUUGCAGAGGUGCGCGCGUGCGGCGGAGUACUUUGACGCCGACGGAAACGUGCUUCACCCAGUUAGCCCGUCCUGGGGAGGGCCUCUGGAAGGGCGGCUGCGAGAGAGCUUGGGCGGCGAGGCGACGCCGCGGGACGUGCGCGAUGCCUGGAGCUUCAUACGCAGGUGCCUGCCAGUGGACCCGGCGGAGAGGCCGACUGUCGAGGAGUUGCUGGCGGAUGCGUGGCUUGCCGCUUGAGGGCGCUGCGACCUCAGGCGCUGCAAAUAAUGCAUCGAUACAAGCAAGCUGAUGACGAUAUGUUGGCUGUAGACUUGCCCCGCUUUGUUAGUUUAGGGAAUCGGAUCGUCACUUCGGUGCGCAUCCCAUAAUGUACCACACCCCACACCCCACUCACCACUCCGAUUCU